AAAAAAUUCUUCAUGAUUUUUAAUUAUAUAUAUAGAGAGAGAGAGUGCUGGAACCCGAAUCCGGAAGCUCGCGGGGUAGCUCUGAAAAAUGUCUGUUACUUUGCACACGAACCUCGGAGACAUCAAGUGCGAGAUUUUUUGCGAUGAAGUUCCGAAGACUGCCGAGAAUUUUUUGGCACUAUGUGCAAGUGGUUACUAUGAUGGAACCAUAUUCCAUCGAAAUAUUAAAGGUUUUAUGAUUCAAGGUGGAGAUCCAACAGGCACGGGAAAAGGGGGAACCAGCAUAUGGGGUAAAAAGUUUAAUGACGAGAUAAGAGAGUCGCUCAAGCACAAUGCAAGAGGAAUACUAUCAAUGGCUAAUAGUGGAGCUAAUACAAAUGGAAGCCAAUUUUUUAUAAGUUAUGCAAAGCAGCCACAUCUAAAUGGAUUAUACACUGUAUUUGGCAGAGUGAUUCAUGGGUUUGAAGUACUUGAUAUCAUGGAAAAGACUCAAACUGGAACCGGAGAUCGACCUCUUGCAGAGAUCAGGCUCAAUCGGGUUACGAUACACGCCAAUCCUCUUGCUGGCUAACCUUGAAUUAGCAGCAGUUGAAAUGAAUAUUGAUGGAAGUCCCAUUAUUUGAAUGAUACAAAUUGUUUAGAGUUAAAUGCUGCUGCUAUGAUCAGCUAGAAGCUGUUUAGUGAAAUUAACACGACUCGUUCGAAAUAGAGAAUCAGAAGUAAAUCAUACACAACUCGCAAUAUGGUAUGACUAUUUUCAGAUGUACAAUUUUCUCUUAUCAAUUUUCUCCUGUACUGAAAA